AUGGCAGGACCCGGAAACGCUCCGUUCAUUAUCAUACCGGUCGUGUUUGCUUCUAUAGUGUUGAUUUUUAUUCUCUGUGCAUGCCUUAACCGCCUGAAGGACGACCGGAGAAAGUCCAAAUUCUUUUCCUCCGCCCAAACUCACGGAGGAGCACACAUGAUGGCGGCUAAUGAUCAUACAGGCGACGAUUUUGUCGGGAUCGACAUGCCUGGGGGAGGCGGAUAUGAUGGUGGUGGCGCAGGAGGAGGAGGCGGAUAUGAUGGUGGUGGCGGAGGCGGAGGAGGAGGCGGUGAUGGAGGUGGAGGUGGAGGUGAUAGUGGCGGCGGAGGAGGUGGUGGUGGAGGUGGAGGCUGCUAA